CAUGCAUAGACUGCUCCAGGGUUGCCGCGCCAAGUCGGAGAGAUCAAUCAAGAAAUUAAACCGUCCGCGUUCGUGAAGGCCUCAACUCCUCUCGUCGUCUCGUAGGCGAUCGUCUCCUCCGGCGGCGGCGAUCGACGUCGGCGACAGUCCACGAUCUUCUUCAAAGAAAGAUAGCAAGGCCGAUCAGAGUCAGACGACGCCAUCUCAAAUCAUGAUACAUUUUGUGCUCCUCAUCAGCAGGCAGGGGAAGGUGAGGCUGACGAAAUGGUACACUCCAUACCCACAAAAGCAGAGAUCCAAGAUCAUCAAAGAGAUAAGUACGCUCGUCCUGACAAGAGGCCCCAAGCUGUGCAAUUUUGUUGACUGGCAAGGUUACAGAGUUGUGUACAAGAGGUAUGCUAGCCUUUACUUCUGCAUGUGCAUUGACCCUGCUGACAAUGAACUGGAAACCCUUCAAAUCAUCCAUCACUAUGUUGAGAUAUUGGACCGGUACUUUGGCAACGUCUGUGAGCUUGAUCUGAUAUUCAAUUUUCAUAAGGCGUACUUCAUAUUGGACGAGAUUUUGAUUGCUGGUGAACUUCAAGAAUCAAACAAGAAAUCGGUGCUACGUCUAGUAACUACACAGGACGCUUUGGUGGAAGCCGCAAAGGAGGAGGCAGGCUCAUUGAGGAACAUAAUUGCACAGGCUACCAAGUAGAGCACUUGUGUCUUCUACAAUCAUUACUCACACCCCCACGGCAUGAUAGUAACUUAAUCACUACCAUACGGCAGCAGCUUUCACCCUUAAUUUUUUUCAUUACUGUUCCAUCUCUGCAUUUUGUUCAGAGAUCUGUUCUGUCCUGUCCUUUUCUUUCCCUCUUUUUUUUUUCGCACUGCACCACCGGUUUCGAGGGAAUGUGCUGUUUCAGCACUUUUGCACAACGUUGUAUAUGGAAAUGGAAUAAAAUAAUGCAAUAUAUGUUUUGGUUCCCAA